AUGUCUGCGAAUCUGGAGAUGCCAGGUGCGGGCUGCAAGCGGGAGCAGAUUAAACGGUCGAAGAGAGAGGGCGGCCCUUCAGACGACGAUGGCGACCGCUUGGCGGACGAGGUCCCGGACCCGGCGUCUACCGUGAAAAAGCAGAAGAGGGUGAAGGUGUGUCGGAAGUGCAAGGCGAAUUCUCAGGACGACACCAGCUUGCGCUUCGUCGACCUGGACAAGUGCGAGAUGUGCUGGGACGUGAAGCAAGCAUUUCCCGAACUUUCUUGGGAUGAGUGCUGCGAAAAGGCUGAAACCGAUGAGUUGUUCGCCAAGGACUGGAGCAAAGCUGAAAAGAUUCAGCAGGGUGGAGAGCGGACGUGGAGAAAUGAGUCCCUUGUCGGCUUCGUCCAGCAGGCCGGGAUGAAGGUCGAGACCUUAUACUGGUUCCUUACCCUCAGCGAUUUUGCCGACAUGUUCCACAUCACUCCCGCCCAGUCCGGCUUCCAGACGAUGGACAUCCCUUCUGAGGACGGCCGGGGUAAGAUCACCGGGGUGCUCGUCAAGCCAUCGCCCGAGGACCCCCCGCACCUCUACCGCCGAGUUUCGAUGUUCUCCCAGGCAUUCUUCAAAGUGAACGAGAACGUGGUUGGCCCCGGGCAGCAGUACCGGGAAGCGCAGUGCCAUGAGACGUACAAAUGUCUGAUUCGCGAGAAUGCUGACAGCUAUCGUGACACAGACUUCCGGCCGGAGAGGCGUCAAGUAGUGAAGACGUUGAAGGAGAUUGCCCCCAUUGCAGACAAGGCGAAGAGGGACCUCGAGGCGCAGGUGAUCCAGGUCCCCGGCGGCGUCGCCGACUCCGAUGACGAGGUGCUCCCAGUCGGCGGCUCGCUGUUGUCGCGGACGGCGCGCAACGCAGCAGUUGCGAGCACGCAGGCCCCCGCGGCCAAGGCACAGGGCCGCGGCCGCGGCGGCGGCCAGGCAGCGGCCAAGCGCGCGGCUAUCAUGGCCCAGAUGCGCCAGGAUUUGCUCAUUGACCCGGCUGGCACUGGCAAGCGGCCCUCCGGCAGGGCGCGCGGCUCCGCAGCCUCGGCCGCCGUCGACGUCCAGGUUGACUUGUCUGGCGAAGAGAUGCGCAGCAAGGGCCCGACACGCAGGGACAAGACACCGGAUGAGAAGGACUCGAUGAACCUUGAUAUCGAUGCGCACUCGAUCAUGGAGGGCCGCUGGCCCAACGUGAAGAUACAGAUUGCUGGCAUGCGCAAGACUUUGAACUCCUCGGGAAUGUCGCAGCAUUCCCGGAAGUUCCUCGACCUCACGCGCGACGUCCGCGUGUGGGAAAACGCUAACAACCUGCGGCUUUCCGUGGCCGAGCCCACGGUUGCCGAGUACCAUGGGGCGAAGACCAAGAUUGAAGCUUUGAUUGACGACUUCCAGGAGAUUCCGGACAUGAUAUGGCGCCGGUGGACGGCGAUGGAGGCGAUGGUGCGGCUGUCCGCCGGCAAGGAGGACUUCAGGGCGACGUCAAUGUACUCGGCUCUUUUGGGUGCGAUCCGGGCUUUCGACGACGCAUUCCAGAACGUCGGCGAGGUGCACAGCGAGACGUGCAUCGAAAAGCUCGCCGUGUUUCGGAACAUCCUGAGAGUGAAGAUCGAGGAGGCGCAGAAUAUCGCAGGGGGGCUCCGGGAGGGCGGCGCGUGGAAGAGCGACGCCCCCGCAGGCCCCCUCGAGGCGGUCGUGAAGCACGCGGACCAAGCGGGCGGGUUGCUCAAAGGCCCUGGGACCAAGAUCCAGAAGGUGAAGGAAGGUCUCGCGUCGGCCGUAGAGGCGUUCAGAGGCGAGUUGGCGAAAUUCCCGUACAUCUGCGAGCAUCCAGAGGUGGUGGCUGCGAAUAAUGCCGCGUUCGAUGCCGCGGAUGAGGCGGUCGCCUUGAGCCAGGCCACCACCCUCGAAGGCCAGCUCUGCAGGAGCCUGCUGAAGAAGGACGAGGCCGCCCGAACGGAAAGCAUCAUCCCAUACAUGGCGCAGUACUCCCACGUGCCCCAGAAGGACAUCCACCCGGCUCUCUGGGAGGCCGCGGCGAAGGCGCAAGCCGCGAAGUCCGAGGUGAAGGCCAAGGGUCCGCCCGCGGCCAAGGCCAAGCCCCCGGGGGGCAAGAAAUGA